AUGAACAGCGUGGGGGAGGCGUGCACAGAGCUGAAGCACAAGUAUGACCAGUGCUUUAACCACUGGUUCGCCAAGAAGUUCCUCAAGGGGAAGAACGCGGGGGACCCCUGCGUGCAGCAAUUCAAGUGCUACCAGCUCUGCGUGCAGAAAGCUAUUAAGGAGAAAGACAUACCCAUCGAAGGGCUGGAAUUCAUGGGUCCCAGUAAAGGAAAAGCUGAAAGCUCCUCCUGAUCUUGUUUGGAC